CGUGACUGUCGUGGCCCCGGAUGUUGUACCGUUUGGCAGGUUGCUUGGACAAGACGUGGGGCGCACGAUCCUACUAUGACAAGGAGAAUUGUACUCGAAAAGUAAAAAUAACCGAGUAGCUAACUUGAAUAACCGAGUAUCUGAGAAGAUUACUCUCUGGGAUACUCGGUUAUUUCAGUUUUUCGUUUACUCAGACGCCGAAUAAUGAAAUGAGGCUGCUCGAUCUCAGUGGAAGACCACUGCGUGCGGGUCUCCUUGAAGAGUAUGAGUAGUACACAACUGUUUCCUUUCAUAUUUACGUCUGCUACAAGAUAAAGGAAUCCGCUAUGUGCCUCGGCGACGUGUGGAGAGCAUCGUAUCGGAUUUCGAUAAGGACCUGAUCCACAGCGCCUUUGUUCCAAAAUCAGACUCAAAGAUUAAGGCCACAACUAUCAAAAAAGGAUCCUCUUCUUCUACUUCUAUCUUAUCACACAUUCAAAAACAGUCAUAGAAUAUCCUCUGCUUAAUUAUUACAGAUUAAGGCUACAACUGUCAUUGUCAAAGCAUCCUCAGUGAUAAGUGUACAAGCCUAGUAUGUGUAGACCAAAGUAUCCUCACACACCUCACAGUGAUAUUAAGUGUACAAGUCUAGUUUUGGAAACUUCCCUGAAAUGCUGAGCAUUAGUUCUACUAAUCCAAGUGCAGGUUCUGCUCCAGGUGAAGGCACAGAGGUUCGCGGUGUUUUGAUAAGAGCCGGUCCCAGAGGUGGCACAGGCACAGCCCAGACAGUCAGCGUCGAUCAGGAGUUCAUUCCUUGCGAGCUCGUAGUCGUAGGUGCUGGAAUUUUGCCAAACACUGAGUUCACAAAGCAUAGUGGCAUCAGAAUAUCGCAGUCGGAUAAGUCGAUUUUGGUAGAUCCGUUUUACGGUCAGUAUCCAAUAAAUAGCAUCAUCUACUAACUAGUUGUAGUAGAUUUCUACUAUCCAGAUCCACACUGUCAUUUUGUUGAGAAGCAUCCGUGCUGCGACACUCAUUUGGAGAAGGAAAGAGAGGUCCAACCAGGAUGCGCUCCGAGGUGGAUUUGUCUAAUCCCUCCUGCGAACGAACAAGUGUGACGUCUUUGCCGCAGGAGACGUGGUGACGACUGUGACACCAACAUCGACGGAAGAUGCUACGAAAGACCCUGCUUCCUCUAGCACGUCUUCUAUUAAGGCUCUCCAAUGAAUAUAAUAUUUGUUUCAUUUCUAUAGCAAAGAAGUCAACAUCUUGCUGCUCUUUUAUCCUUCUAGUAGACAUUUUUCUGAAGAAAUGAAGGGAAGCAGUGAAAGAAAUGCUUUGAGCUCCCUCUACUAAUUCUAGACGCAUAGAACAUUGGGGUUUCGCGCAGUCACAUGGUCGUCUAGCUGCGCGAUCCAUGAUGGAUCUGCGACCACUAGAGUGUGGUGAAGUAGUGCCCUUCUUCUGGACCGUUAUAUGUGGGCGCACACUGAAGUACGUGGGAUACAUUUCGUUAAGAGUUCUUGGGUGGGUCGUCGUGUCGAUAGUUGUUCCUCUUUCCCAUGUCUAGCAUUUUGAUUACGUAUCAAAGACUACCUGGGAGUAGUAGUAGUAGUAUUUCGUAAUCCACAUACUUGAUGAGAACUUGGUUUGUGACAUAAACAAGAAGUAUCAUCUUUGUGAUUAAGAAGGUGAAGUACUACCGUCUACUUGGGAAUACCCCGGCUGGUCACCGGGGUCCCAUAGGGACAACACUAACGCGCGAAACAUCGAAAGAUGACCUGCGCACUCCGAUGCCCUUAACGGGUCGGGGCAUGGAUGCCUUACGCUUACUGCCGCAACGGUACGGCCGAGCUGUCUGGUGCCGCGAACUGCGGUGCGAUACUUUCUCCCCUCCCUGGCUGGGAGGGUCUCCAAUGGAGCCAUACUUUGGCCGUUGCUGCGCAGGGACCUAUCGCUCUCUGGGUCCUGUCGACGUUGAGAGUACCCCGGCUUCAUGGUCGACAGCGUCUGUCCACGUUUCCUGGUGCCUGCGGCGAUGCUUCCCUCUCUGUCUUGAGCCUUGUGUGAUCAUUAUUGCCACUGGGCAGGCUCUGCUCUCGUUUAUGUGUCUGUCCUUGAGUGACGAGAACCGCCAUUCUGCUCCGAGGGAGUUCGUCCACAGUGUUUGAGAGUACCAAAAAAGACGACCGAAAAAAGUAGGGUACAUUUUCGGUCGAUGUUUUUCGUUCCGGCCCUUGAGAUGAGAAGAUACCCACGUCUGUCGUACUACGGUGAAGUGCCUUCUGGUGAGAGUUACUCUGGAUGAUCGUCUGUUCUCUGAGAGAAGAAGCUGCUACUGUUGAGGAGAAUCGUGUCUGUUCUGAGUGGGUCCGCGAGAACCUCUGUGCGAGAGACUACGCGUGCCUCUGUCCUCUGAGCCUUUCUUCUGGUAGAGAUGACUCCUGGGGAGAGUCGCUGAAGUUGCGCCUUCAGAUUCUGCGGGGUGGCCGCCGUGGUUUGGAGUUCUGCUCGCAAGUGACACAUCUCCGCCCUACCUCGACAGAAUGCAUGCAUGGUUUUUCCUCCUCUGCCUCCUUUGAGUAGAGCCUUCACAUCACCUCGUUACACUUAGUCACUUAGUACCUUUCUCCUCUUCUUUUCCUAGUAUUGUUCUUGGUCGCACCUGUUUCUCUGGUAUCGUAGAUCUCUCUCUUGGCUCGUCUCCCCGGAAAAACGCGAUGGAUCCGAAUGCGUACCCGUCCAGCGGGCUGCACCAUGCAUGGGGUCCGCUACAGGGGGCCUCCACGGGGCAUCCGUGGUGGUCUCGUCCAAACAUGCCUCCGACCCUCGUGCCCCCGCUUCCGCACGGUUUCUCCACCCUCCCUCUACCGGUGCCGCCGAUCUUCCUGGUUCCUGGAGUUCCGCCACCACUUCCGCCUACCUUGGCUCCAGCAACCCCCGCUUCGACGGUUCCUCAUGCUCCCUUGGUGCGGGCGCCACCUAUGGAAAGCUGGAUGUCUCACAUGCAGACGAGUCUCCCGGCAGCUCCGGCAGGACCUGCUCAGUCCGACACCAUCCGCCCGACGAGACACCUAAGGGGGCUCCGCCUGUAUGAACAAGAUCGUCCUGCGCGUGACUCGCGAUCUCGGAGUCGUUGCCGAGGACGCAGAAGACGCUCUCUGACGCCUGUUACACGUGCCUGCUCCCGGAGUGCUCCCCGACGGCGGUGUCGAGAUGAGGAGAGGCUACGACCGGGCACACCUGACCGUGGACCACGAGACGGCGAUCGGCCUCCGCGACGGCUACCCGGCAGGGAAAAGGCCCGCGUACGAUCCCGCAGCGAUUCCCGGCGGCGGCGCCGAGCGUCAAGCACUCCCUCUGAUCGCAGGGGGGCGCGUCCUCGGGCCGACCCCUCCCCUGACCACCGCAGAGGUCAGCCUCGCUCACUGCACCGCGCUGGGGAGUUGGAUCCUGUCCCUGCUGACACCCGACGCGACGCGAACGACGAGACGACGAGUGCCUCCGAGACCAAACCGCGCCCUGCUCGGUCCGAGGUCUGGAAGUACCUCCGAGUGGAACAGCCUCAACACGCUGCGGCCGUUGCGAAACUCCUCCGUGCGAAGUUCGGCCUGGAGAAGAAAGCGGCGAAGAAGGUGCUGGGCUGCUCCUUAGGAAAAGCGUCUUCAUCUGUCAAGCCUCCGCGGGAGCAGCAACAGGAGGUCUUACCUACGGCGGGAGAGGCCCUCGCGCCUCCGCCGGCUCGACGCUGGCCGAAGGGGAGCGGGAAAGGAGCCCCGAUCACUCCUAGGGGAAAGCGCCUGUACUUGGAUCGCCUUGCGCGUGAAGCUGAAACUGCCCCUCCCUCCUCCGAGCUCCAUGCCCGAGACUUGCCGAGCAGUAGUGCCACUGGGGCACCUCGUGACACUUGCGAGGGUGACUGUGGGGAACUCCCCGGAAGCAAGAUGACUCCGGUCACUGCCUCAGAAAAGGCCAGUAAGGAGGAGGUGCUCCAAGCGAUUCGUGAUCUACCGCCGUACCUCGACGUGAUGGAGAUCGGAUUCCGCCUCUACUCGAGGUUCAGGCUGCGGGAGCCGGCUCUGCAGAAGCUACUCGGGCACAGUCUCGCGACCCUCGCGCGCAAGCACAACCGGCCCGCACUCUCUGAAGGCGACGCGCAGUGGGUUCUUUCUGUCGUGGGAAAAGGCACUAGUCCCGCUGAAGGAGGGCAGUCACAGCUUGACUGGCUACAUACGCUUAACCGCAGAGGGAUUACCUCGGCCCUUGUGACCGAGUGCCUGGAUCGCCCCGACCGACUCUUCCGCCGGCUCAGUGAGGGGCGCCCUCUGGCGCUGCGCACCGGCCUGGAAUAUGGAUUCGAGGACGUCCUCACGCGCGAAGUGCGGGAUGCCCUACAGCCUGACCCCGGUGUCUCUCGUCCCUCGCCGGGGCCUCUUCCUGGGAUGCGCUCAACAGGUAGCACCUCGAUCAAGGGCGGUAUGGGUCCACCGUCUGGCCCUCCUCCUCGCCUAGCUGGAAAAGGUGUGCUGCCUGAAGCUGCGGCGCCUACCGAUGCUAGAUGCGCCAUGCGUCUCCCACGUGCGCCUUGCUCUCGCGAGAAGGGAGAGGGGACGCCUUCGCUCCUCACGCUGGACGGCGCCUCCUCCCAAUCGGUUGAAGUCCUGCCGGAUACACCGCCAUCCCAGUCCCAGUCGGCGGAAUUCGCCGGCGGUGACGCCACCCCCUGGGGUGAUGACGACUUGCCCUGAGACGACACCGAAGAUGUCACGGCUUUGGGCCUUCGGGCUGUGACAUGGAACGUACGGGGCCUGCGAAACAAGACCAGCGAAGUCCUCCGCGCGCUGGUUCACUGGGACGUUGACAUCGCAGGCCUCACGGAGGUCCACCUUGAGGACGCCGAUCUGCCGCUGCUCGUACGGCAAUUCGGAAAAUAUGGAUAUGAGGUGCUUGCGCACAGUCUGCGGAAUCACCACGGGGGCGGUGUCCUUCUGCUUGGACGCUCAAGACACCUCGUGGUUAGCCCUCAUACCGGCUUUCGGAAAGUAGCUCGACUACCCGCACUAGUCGAGGCUGCAUCGCGGACGCUUCUCAUCCCGACCGUGGAUGGUUGGCAGGAACUCUUAGUUACCGUCGCGUACGUCUCCCCCUGCGUCCGUGACUUGACCCGCGUGGAGCGGGAUGCGCUUCUACCUGGGUCCUCUGCUGCGCUUCUCCUUGGUGACCUCAAUGCUGAGCGAAAACCCUGGCUCGAGCGCUGGCAUGAUGAGGGCACGCUGUGGCGCCUCAGUGGGCCAAACCUCCGCACCUAUCCAGCGCGUCAGCCGCAGAGUUGUCCAGAUGUGAUCCUCUACCGCCCGGCACCCACUGGCGCUUGCCUCUUCCCCGACAUGUACAUGACUGAUGGAGCGGAGAUGCCCGCGGAAGCCUUACGAAGUGUCGUCUCGGAUCCUCCCUCUCUCUGUUGACCUCCAUGCCCAUUGUGCCGCGCGUGGGCACGAUGCAGCGCGCAACGAUCAGCCGCGGCACGACCUCCGCCUUCUCACCGGGGCGAGGUUGCAGCGGGCCCAGGACUACCUCCGGCAUGCACUCGGCUCGGCCCCUGACGCCCAAACUGCGGACUUAGAGCAGAUGGAUGGUGAGGAGAUGACUGCCCGGCUAGACACCGUCCUCCGGGCCGCUUACUCUGAGUGUCGCAUCUGGAGACCGACUGCCAGAGGCCCAGACGGACUCAGUGGUGACUUUGACCGCCGCUAUGCGUGGCAUCCGUCAAUCAACGACUUCAAGCGUGCACGGGACCGAGGAGAGCUUCACCGUGCGCGAACUCUGGCCACCCGGAUACGGCGAGAUGGGUGGCGGCGCUACCUCUCCUCCCGCAACUGGGAUGACCUCACGGGCCUGUGGCGAUACAUAGCGAAGGAAGACGGGCGCUCUGGCUGGAAUCGUGACGAGGGCCUUACCAAGCCGCUGUUCUUGCAUGGUGCAUGGCAUCACAGCCCCGAAGAUAAGGCCAAUGCGCUGGGUAGAGCCUACAGGGACAAGUUCUCAAUGCCCCCACCUGACGGCGCUCAGGGUCAAACUGGUGCUCGGGUCUUUCCAGGGGUGCGACUCGUGCGGAAAGUCACGGAGGACGAGGUCAGACGGGCGGUCUCUGCAGUUGACGCUGCUCGCGCGCCUGGUCCUGAUGGAUGGACGUCAGCAGCAUACCGUGACCCCGCCGUUAUACGAUGCCUUGCACUCCUCUUUUCAGUCGUCUUGGAUGCUGGUGCGCUGCCGCCCACUUUCACUGACUCCGUCAUCGUGUUCUUGGCAAAGCCCGGCCGUGACCUGACGCAGUUCAAAUCUUGGAGGCCGAUCACCUUGACUAACUCGCUCACGAAAAUCCUGGAACGGGUUGUACUGUCGCGCAUUGAGGAGACGGGUUUUGAAGAAGACCCACACCAGUACGCCUACGCCCCAGGGCGCAACUGCGAGCAGCUGCUUGUAGAGCUUUUUGAUCGCGCAACGACAAACGGCGACAAAGAGCGGGCCAUUAUUGGCACGGACAUCCAGGGCGCCUUCGACUCGGUGGACCACUCCACGCUGCUGAACAGGUUGGGCGCCACGCUUACCCUGGAGCCGGCGAUCACUCGCUUCGUUGCGUUAUGGCUUGAUCGGCGCUUUCGGGUACGCCUUGGCCCUGGUGUCUCCACUUGCUACCGCCUCCAUCGUGGCAUCCCGCAAGGGGGCAUCUUAAGUCUGUUCUUGUGGAACUUAAUGGUGCGCGGCUUCUCCGCUCAGCUCAACCAACUUCCUGGGACCUAUCUUCGCUUCUACAGUGACGACGGUACGCUCCACGUUUUGGGUGCCACUCGAGCUGAGGUCGCUACACGCGCGCGGCAUGCCCUCACUCGGCUCUCUCAGCUCCUGGAAACGCGAAAGCUCAAGCUCGAACGGAGUAAGUGUGAAUGUCUCUGGUUGAACCUUCCUGAGCGCCCUCAUCGGCGACCGCAAGACGACCGUCUCCCUGGAUCGAAUCCCCCUAGACGAGCGGAAGUGGACGCUGACUGGGGUGCCGAUGGGCUCCUUGACCUCGGUGGCGCUACUACGGUCCGAUCUCUGCGAGUGCUUGGCGUUCUCAUCGACCCCGGCUUCACCUUCACUGACCACCUCGAGUACGUUGUGUCGAAGUGUCAGCGACGCGUGCAGGUGCUGCGCCGGCUGGCAUCCUCCUCCUGGGGCCUCAGCACUGCCAUCUUAGCACAUACGGCGUGUGCCUUAUUGCAUCACGUUGCUUGCUUCGGUAUCGUCGCGAUCGGCCCGUAUGUCGACCAACGUGCGGCGCGGAGGUACGGCGUCCGGAUCGGUCAUGUGGCGGCGCGCUUGGUCCUUGGUGUUUCCCGCACUGUCCGACGCGAGGCCCUGUACACCCUCUCUGGCCUCUCCUCUUACCUCAACUUGUACCAGCAACGGGCGGCCACCUUCCUGGAUAGCGUCUUACGUGGUCCUUCUACAAGUUUCCGGUCUUCGCUGCUGACGCGACACGCUUGGCUUCGCCCUACUCACGUGUUGGGGUCUCCCGCUGACACUCACCCGGUCUCCUGGAACGAACCGGUCUCGCACCCCUUGGCCAGCGGCUGCGCGCGUGCCGCUGUUGUCGCCGCAUUAGGUAAUCUCGCGGACAACCACUAUGCCUCCGCCGCGUGUCGUGGAGCCAUCUGGUGUGGCGCCUCUGUUGCCCCUGCUGUCUCUCGUGCGCACGUUUGGGUUACAACUCCGGCCACGACUGCCCGACCACUGGCGCACACCAUGGCGCCGGAGCUCUCCGAUAACCAAACCCGGCGGCUCCCUGCGGCUUGGACAGCUGUCGGCGCUCAGCUUUUGCGUGGUAUUGGCUGGUCACCCAAUCGCAUAACGCCCCUGCGGCCUUUCCGCUCCUCGGUUCACUCCCGUCCGGUUGUCUUCCACCUUGAUGGGAUUCUCCCGCCUCAGCUCGGAGACGUCACGACGAUUCUGGCUACGGAUGGCGCACACCUCCCGGGAACUCCUUACGGUGCGCACGCUGCUCUCAUAGUCGGUCGCGGGGUUCCCUCUUCCGGUCAGGAUUCGACGCUCCCUUCUGAGCUUGCUUGCGUCGCUGUCAACGGUGCGCUCAGUGCUUGGCACAUGGAAAUUGCUGCUGCUGCGCGUGGUUUUCGGCAGGCUCUCCUCGCUGCUUCUCGUGACUCCGCUGACCCGCUGGCCCUCGGGCCGCGCUCCUUGCUCUGGGUGUUCGACUGCCUGGGAAGCGGGCAACUCCUGGCCAACCGGCACCUUGGGCAUGAGCGGUCUUGCGCGUCUGAGCACGAGCUGCUGGACCUCUUCGCGCGUUGCUGUGCGGUGUACGAUACCGCUGCUGUCCACUGGACUCCGUCGCACAUCGGGAACCCGGUCAACGACGUGGCUGACGUUGCUGCUGGGGCCCUCCUCAAGUACGCUCCUGCUGCUGGGUGCACUCCUCCGCUUCUCUCCUCUGUGAACGUCAAAGGGGCGAUUAAGGUCUUGCUUGCCGCCGAGGAGCACCGACUGCUUGUCACCUUGGACCACCAGCAUGACAGUGCUAGUGGCGACGUUCUUGCUGCGCUGCAGCUAUCCCGCUCGUCUGCGCGGGCGUUGUUCUUACGGCUCUGCCAGGAUCCCUCUGAUGUCUCUGCGGAACCGGAUGGGGCUGGGGCGCUUGCGCCGUUGGAGGCUCGCUGCCCCCGAGAGGUGCAGACCUUUGCCGCCGAGUUACUGUCUGGGUCGCGCUUCAAACACGCUGGCCCCUUCGGUCUGGAGCCUGUGGCCUGCUACUGUGGUGAACAGGACACGCCUCGCCACUUCUUCGGGAAGUUCUGCGCGGAUGUCACGCAGUUACGUACAACUGAGGCACUCGCGGACCUCGUUCGCUGCGCGCAUGUAGUUGAGCGCGCUGCUUGGGUGGAGCACUACGACGACCUCUUCGGGGAUGGUCUCGCUGUUGUCUAGGUUUCCGGCCUUUCGGUGGUGCGGUGCCUCGCUUUGACUGGUUUGGCUUUUCCUCUUUUUGCGGCUUACCUCUCUGCUAUUUCAUUCUACGGGACUGUGGGUUGCGGUCAGUGAUGCAUUGGCUUUUCGGAAACUAUACGAGCGAGCGGCGGCACUGUGCAGGAGUGUCGCUGCUCCCUUCCCGCGCACUUAGUAAGUGCUGGCCUGCUGCUGUCGUUGAGCUCUCGCUCCACACUACGACGCGGCUCGCCGCGGGGAGGUCCGGCGCUUUGGGGCUGCCUUGGCGCGGCGCACCGGCUUUCGACUAAAUGCCCCUGACGAUGUUUCUCUGCUUUUUUCACCGCUGCACCUGCUUACCCUUUUUCGGUGUUGGUUCGAGGUCUCUGGCUUCUUCUUACUUACCAUGACGGCACCGGCAAACGCACCCGGACCGCGGCGCCUCCUGUUAGGACUCUCCUGUAUUUGCCUAACGCGUCGCUGUGCUUCAGAUUCCGCCCACCGGGCCGUCUGUAGGUCUGUGGAUAACCGUCUAUCCUUCUCCUAAUAAUAAUAAUACUUGGGAAUACAACAAUUUUCAAAGAAAGAUGUUCCAAGUAGUCUACCUCGAAGAUCAAGAUGAAUAAGUACCACAAGAAAGAAGACAACUACCCUUCUAAUUUCAGCGGAGGAAAGGUCGCGUGUGCGCAUUAUACUAAUGUCUGGUAGCAAAAGAAGUACAAGUAGUCCUAGCACGAGGAGGUCUGAACAACAACAAACUACUGAAGCUAAAAACUACGGAGGAGCUACCUGGAGUGUCAUUUCUAGUACGUCGAUGCUAAGCGACGAGCUUCCACCUGCUUGUAUGAUGCCACUCAUUGAGAAUCCAAGUUUUUAGAGGGGAAUGUCGUUCAAUCCACCUAAAAAAGAAGGGCCCAAAGAAGGGGAACGACGUUCCCAUGUCGACGCUCUCAAUGAGUGGCAGCAUUCACUGCUACGACAUCAGAUGAAGCGAUCGACGUCCGACAGAGCGAACGUCCUCUCCUCGCUGGAGAAGAUGGGCUUCCAAAUUUCAUUGCUUAUUACUGUGUAGAUGGCACAGUCCGCGCAGUAGCGUCUAUGGGGGUACAGGAUCCAGUUACAGUUGCAGUGGGCGAAAUGAUGAAGCGAUCCAAUCCGAUCACAGAAUUAAGGGUAGUUUAUCACUAUCCCAAGUGGACUAUACUGAGUGAAAUCCCCCCUGAGCUGAAGGGGAAAAUUGAGGCGGAAUAAAGGGGCAACUCACUCGACCAGGGAUAGUGAAAGACUACCUCUAAAAGAGGCCGACAUAAAAGCAGGCAUUUGUCCGAUAGAUUUGCUGCGGGAGUUGAAUAGUUGUCGGACAAAGACAUGAGAGGGGGUGCUUAUUGUUCAAUUGUAAUAUACAUAGGUUUUUUGCGGGAGGAGUUGAGUACUUAGUUGUUAUUCAAAAUCAACCACAUAGAUAAGAUGAGGGGGCGUUUGUCCGAUAUUGGAUUUGUUGCAUGAGGAGUUGAAUAGCAAAAAUAGUUCAAAACACAGUAGUUGUAGUGCAACAUAUUUGACUGUGCAACUCUUGAGGACUACUUUAUACAAGAAAGUAGAGCAGCAUUCUUCGAAUUCGAGAACGACGACAACGAUAAUCUUCUGCCAUGAUAGAGAUUACGAUGAUUUCUUCUCAUGAGCAUGAAGAUUCAUCGUGAUCAUUUUUAUGUUGACAUCGAUCCAGCACUGUUGUUGACAUUUUCACCUGUGCGAAAAAUUACUUAUUUGAGCUGCACUGAGACUGAUGAUGAGCCGUGUCCGUGUG